AGCGUCGCGUGUCACCUCGCGUGACUUGGCGGCGCGGAGCGCGGUCCGCCACUCAGCAGUGGAGCGACCGUGGCAGCCGCGGCGGCCGCCUCUCACCCUCCCACGCCCCGACACCGCGCUGCCGAUGCGCCCCCGCUCCCUCACACGUGUGCCGACAGCGUCCCGGUCCACACCCGCUCCCCUCCGGAGAGUUCACAGCGCGACCCCGGGCGGUUCUUCUCCCCCCGCGUCUGAAUGACGGGCGGCCGGUUCGACUUUGACGAUGGCGGCACCUACUGCGGAGGCUGGGAGGAGGGCAAAGCCCACGGCCACGGAGUGUGCACGGGGCCCAAGGGCCAGGGCGAGUACUCGGGCUCCUGGUCCAACGGCUUCGAGGUGGUGGGCGUGUACACCUGGCCCAGCGGGAACGUGUUCCAGGGCUACUGGGCGCAGGGCAAGCGCCACGGACUCGGCGUGGAGACCAAAGGCAGGUGGAUCUACCGGGGGGAGUGGACCCACGGCUUCAAGGGCCGCUACGGCGUCCGGCAGAGCCUGAACACACCGGCCAGGUACGAGGGCACCUGGAGCAACGGGCUGCAGGACGGCUACGGCGUGGAGACGUACGGGGAUGGAGGUACGUAUCAGGGUCAAUGGACCGGUGGGAUGCGUCAUGGCUAUGGUGUACGUCAAAGUGUCCCAUACGGUAUGGCCUCCGUCAUCCGCUCGCCUCUACGAACCUCGCUGGCGUCCCUCCGCAGUGAGCAGAGUAAUGGCACAGUACUGCGUGACAGCUUGUCCGACAGCCCUGCUGGCACACGUGGAGGCUUCGUGCUCAACUUCCACUCCGAUGGCGAGGGUUCCGAGAAGAAGAAGAGUCUUUUCCGCCGCGGUUCCCUCUUCGGCAGCCUUCAGCGACUGCGCAAAUCAGACUCGCGUUCGUCGAUUUCCAGUAAGCGCAGCUCGGCACACAGUGACACCACCAUGAGCCGCAUCAGUUCAAGCGACGCCAACUCCACCAUCAGCUUUGGAGACGGAGAGCCCGGUGAUGACUACCUGACGCUGGAGGACAAUGUGGACGCCACCACUACCGAGUCCUACAUGGGCGAGUGGAAGAAUGACAAGCGCAGCGGCUUUGGUGUCUCUGAGCGCUCCAACGGCAUGAAGUAUGAAGGUGAGUGGUUGAACAAUAAGCGCCAUGGCUAUGGCUGCACCAUCUUUCCUAAUGGCACCAAGGAAGAAGGGAAGUACAAGAACAACGUGCUGGCCAGGGGCAUAAGGAAGCAGCUGAUCCCGCUGAAGAACACCAAGACCAAACAGAAGGUGGAUCGAGCUAUCGAGGGAGCCGUGAGAGCAGCAGCCAUUGCCAGAACCAAAGUCGAGAUCGCCAUCUCCAGAACGUCCCAUGCUCGGACCAAAGCCGAGGCUGCGGACCAGGCUGCUCAGUCAGCCAGUCAAGAUUCAGAUAUCGCCAGAGCCGUGGCCAGAGAGCUCUCCCCGAGCUUCCACCAGCCAGGCCCUGACUACAUACGUCAGAAGUACAAUGAGCCAGUGGAGGUGAAGGAGGUUCCUGUGGAGGAGAAGAAGGAAAAAUCUCCAUCAGGGAGCCCUCAUUUCUACCGGAAAGGAACAACACCCAACCAUUCUCCAUCUCAGAGCCCAGGUCCCAGUCCUGCUCCUUCACCCACUGCUGUUAAGAAGAGCUUUUUCAGCAGUAAAACUCCAGCCACCCUUUUUCCUGCCAAGCCUGCUGGGAAAGAGAACCAAACCCCAGCAGCAGAGUCUUUGACUGCAGGCAUAACAAAGGCAGCAUCAAAACUUUCUCUCAGACAGGAAGUGAGGCAACAUGAGGCUCCUCCAUUGGUCAAACCAGCUGUCACCACAGCCACCAGCCUUUACCCCAGCAAUGGGCAGAUUCACUCCCAGUACCACGGUUACUAUGUCAAGGCUGAUGUAAAGAGUCCGCCUCCCGAUGAGCCACUUGGUGUAGAGGACGACUUUCACCCAUCCAGCCUGGCAAGGUUGCCGCCACCUGCCAAACCGAUACUGAUGCCAGCACUGAAAUCCCUGCCAGCCCAGAGUCCUUCACCAACACCCCCUAAAGAGAGCACCAAGGCACCGGAGCCCCCCAAGCCAAAAAGAUCAGAAUCAACCAAACCAAAGAGCCUCGCAGAAACCAAGAAAGCCAGCAUGGAAAUAGCUCCUGAAGUCGUAGAGGAGGAGUCGGGCCCGAACUCCAUCCUGGUGGCUCUUGUGAUGCUGCUGAAUGUAGGUCUAGCAAUCAUUUUUGUCCACUUCCUCACCUGACCAAACAUCGACUCAGUGAACUCAUCCAAACUAGUCGCGGAGCUGCUAACCCUCCACCAGCCAACGAGGCCUUAAAAAAAGAAGAUGACGCCAGUCAGAACGGCAGACACGGGCAGAACGGACGACUGAAAAUAGACUAGUGAAGGAGGAGGAGUAGAAGUGGAGCAGAAAAACACAUGGAGGAGAGACACGGAGAGAGAGAGAGAGAGAGAGAGAGAGAGAGAGAGAGAGAAAGAGAGGAAAAAGCAGAGAGAGAGAAAGAUGAAACUUGUGCCACCAGCCCCCACCCACCCUCACCCCAUCCCACCCCGACCCACCCGGCCCCCCGCCCAUCCCUCUCUCUGGAUGGACUGAAUGACUGAGUCCAACCUGAUUGGACUGGCGAUGAUUUGCGACUCCACUCCACAGAGUGUGCAGUGAAAAGCUGAAGCAAGCAGUUGCUGGUUGGAACUGGGCCCCUGAGCCCCAACUGUGGAUCCUCUAUCAGGGUUAGAAAUAACAGGAGGCCUGGGGAGUAAAUAAAUAAAUAAAUACAUUUUAUUUAUAGUGCCCUUUUCAUCAAAAGAUCUCAAAGGGCUAGAGCCACCGUGAGUGAAUGUGAGGCCCGGCAUCCACACUGCCUACAAAUGCCUGUAAUGUGUGUGCUUCACUUGUCUCUAGCACCUUCUCCAUCCAGCUGUUCAGCAAAUAUGGAAGUUUUUGAAAUGCUGCAAUAAAAAGUUUGUGCCUGGUC